CCUAUAAUUGCACCUACUGCGUCUCACGUGUUCGCGUCCGCGCUGCGGAGGAUCAGGCUGAGGCUGCUGCGCUCGCGAAGAAAUAGCUCACAGCCUUCCCACCUCCCCCCACCACUCCUUCAAGUUCCACCAUGUUCGCCCUCCCAGCUUCCUCGCGGAAGUACUUUGUACUGCUAGUUGUCCUGACAUCGGCGAUCUACACAAUACAUCUCGUCCUCGAGGGCCACCAUGGAUAUAUUCCCUCAGGAUUCUUUGGGGACGUAGACACGCCAUUCCUAGAGGAAGAGCUCGCGACGAUACCCCCUGCCCGCGUGUACCACGCCGGCGUCGCGCCCGUGGGCAAGGAGAACGCCACCCUGGUCUUCCUCGCGCGCAACAGCGACCUCGACGAGGUCAAGACGAGCGUCGAGCGGAUGGAGAGGCGGUACAACAACCAUAACCGAUACCCCUGGGUCUUCCUCAACGAGCAGCCGUUUACGGAGGAGUUUAUGGAGACGGUCUCGAAUCUGACUGAGGCGAAGAUCUCUUUUGGCCUGAUUCCGCCAGAGCACUGGUACCAGCCCGAGUGGAUAGACGAGGACCGGGCUGCGCAGGGGCGGCAGAAGAUGCACGAGCAGAACAUCAUCUACGCGGAAAGUGUUCCCUAUCGCAAUAUGUGCCGGUUCAACUCUGGGUUCUUCUUCAAGCAUGAGCUUCUGCAGCAGUACAAGUACUACUGGAGAGUCGAACCCAACGUCGACUACUUCUGCGACCUUGCCUACGAUCCGUUCACCUACAUGCGCGAGAACGACAAGAUCUACGGCUGGACGAUAUCCUUCUAUGAGUGGGAGCCCACGAUUCCGACGUUGUGGAAGACGACGAAGGAAUUCAUGAAGGAGCACCCCGAAUACGUCCACCCCGACAACGCCAUGCGCUACCUCUCCGACGACGGCGGCAAGACCUACAACCUCUGCCACUUCUGGUCCAACUUCGAAAUCGCCGACAUGGACUUUUGGCGCUCGCCCGCCUAUCAAGCCUACUUCGCCUUCCUCGAGUCCCGCGGCGGCUUCUACUACGAGCGCUGGGGCGACGCGCCCGUGCACUCCAUCGCCGUCGCGCUCUUCGCGCCCAAGACCGCGAUACACUUCUUCAGGGAUAUCGGGUACAGGCACGAGCCGUUCCAGCACUGCCCGCAGGGGAACUUGUACAAGGAGGGCAGCUGCUCGUGCAAGCGGUAUGAUAAUAUUGACUACCGCAGCAACUCGUGCACACCCCGCUUCGAGAGGCUCUUCUACGACUAGAGUAGACAGCCCCACCUGCCCGCACUUCGCUAGAGGUCUCGCUCGCCUGCAUCCUACCCCAUGCACCAUACCACCCGGACAUUCAGC